UUGAAUCCGAUGACCGGGGUAAUAGUAUAUCUUUAAAGCGCUUAGAGAAUUUAUCUUAAGAGUUAUAUGAAAGAGGAAGCUUAUUAUUGUUAUUAAUACAAGAGGGGCAUGGUCAAAAUCGGGGGUUGUUUGGUGCAGUCUCCUGAAACUCACUUAGUUUUACAUGGUCAUUAAAUGUUGGGUCACAAUUUUCAUCAGUUAUCUAUUGCAAUGUUACAUUUAUUAUCACUUUUCCUCCAAAUUUUCCAUGUGAAUUAAAAUUGUCAGUGUCCCUUGCACAUGUCGUUAUUAUUCAUUUGCUUUUUUAAGACCUUCCGAAAUCUUUAAAUUUGACAACUGUAUAAUAUCAUUUUGAGACUCAAGAUUUGUGGAAAUGAAUAUCACUUACACCUCAUUUUGUCAUAUACCACAUGAUUCGACUUCAUAAAUGCAAGUGAAGUAUUUAAUAACUGCAAGUUAUAAACAACAUCGCAACCAUUUUCAAAAAGGUCAACUGCAAUUUUAUUACCCCGAAAUCAUAUUCGGGUUAUGCAAAACAUUAAUGGCACAUUUCCAAAUGUUUCGGACGAGGCUACUGGAAUUGCCUUAAAAUGUUUACCAAUCAACACAAAUAUCGUUUUCUGUAUGUUAAUAGUUCAUGUCCUAAUACUUCAUUAUCGCCAUGAGCUUCCAAUACUACUUUUGUGAAUAGAUUUUGUAACUCUAAAUACAUUCUCAAGUAACAUAAAAGUGACUUGUGAGUAGACUACUCGAGGCACCCAUACUCAGCGUAUCGUGUUGAAUAUCGAGGUGUUGAUAGCCUGUAAAGUUGUGCGAUAAAAAAAAAGUACACUAGAGAAAAGAUUCCAUCAGUUCAAUAUUGUUUUAAGUAAAUUUUUAAGAUGUCUUUACGAUCAUGUUCAUACUGUUUGUUCUUUUCCCCCUUCAUUUUCCUCCCCUCUUCUAACCCAGUUUGGGGUCGGGAUAAAAAUUUUAUUCACUGAAAGCACAACACCUACUACCAUCUCCAUCUCCUGGCUCAACGACGCAGGGACUUCAUAUACUUCCUACUCAGUCGAUAUAGUUCAAGCCUCCGGGAGGAGUGUGAAUGGAUAUCCCGGUAACACAACAGAAACGGAAUUCACAUUUACCGGCCUUAGCCCGGACACGGUGUACACAAUAACAGUCACACCAUGGAACGAAGGAGUUAGUGGUGAUUUCAGGACGGAAGAUAUAACAACAGAGGAAAUACCUGAUGGUGAAAUUCUUGUAACUGACAUUACAUCUGAUUCAGCCUUUCUCCAAUGGAAGGACUACUCAUCAGGGUCCUAUACUCUCAUGACGUCACCAACCGGUGCUGUGGAGGCUGUUGGGGGUAUAUUUGAAGCUGAAGUAAUGAUUACGAUCUUGAUGCCAAAUACGAUGAUUAGUGUCAUGGUCAGUGGGGGAAGUGGAGGGAUGGUUCUUGCUUCGGGAAACUUUACGAGUGGUUCUUCAGGGGAGAUACCCGAAGGUGAAAUUCUUGUAAGUGAGAUUACAUCUAAUUCAGCCUUUCUCCGAUGGAAGGAAUACCAGUUAGAGCCCUAUACUCUCAUGACGUCACCCACUGGGGCUGUGGUGGCGGUUGGGGAUCUUCUUGAACCUGAAGUACGGAUUACAAUCUUGAUGCCAGAUACGAUGAUAAGUGUCAUGAUCGGAGGGAGAGAUGGAGGGAUGGUCCUUGCUUCCGGAAACUUUACGAGUGGGCAAAUACCUGAUGGUGAAAUUCUUGUGAGUGACAUUACAUCUGAUUCAGCCUUUCUACAAUGGAAAGACUACCAGUUAGCACCCUAUACUCUUAUGACGUCACCAACCGGUUCUGUGGAGACCGUUGGGGACAUAUUUGAAUCUGAAGUUGGGAUUACGAUCUUGAUGCCAAAUACGACGAUUAGUGUCAUGAUCGGAGGGAGAGAUGGAGGGAUGGUCCUUGCUUCCGGAAACUUUACGAGUGGGCAAAUACCUGAAGGUGAAAUUCUCGUGAGUGACAUUACAUCUGAUUCAGCCUUUCUACAAUGGCAAGAUUACCAGUUAGCACCCUAUACUCUUAUGACGUCACCCACUGGGGCUGUGGAGGCGGUUGGGGAUCUUCUUGAACCUGAAGUACGGAUUACAAUCUUGAUGCCAGAUACGAAGAUUAGUGUCAUGAUCGGAGGGAGAGAUGGAGGGAUGGUUCUUGCUUCCGGAAACUUUACGAGUGGGAGCCCAGAUGAAUGCAGUAUGGAAAUGCCCCCUCCGCGAUGUAACUCAGGCUUCACCCCUACCCAGCAUCGGGCAUGUCUCGCCAUCACCACACUAUUCCUCUUCUACACAACUCUGCUAUUGCCCCGACACCAUGCACUGUUUGCUUAAUGUUUGCCCUAAUUUAAAGCCCCAUUGUCCUACUUGUAGCUACUUGCUCCCUAUAUAUAUA